AUCUCAAGAAGGCGGGCUCCACUGCUUCCGGUUCAGCCGGUUGGCGGUUGGCGGCUCGCUUGGUAGGAAGUCUGGAGAAGGUUUUAAGCAUUCUUGAGGCAACAUGAUAGAUCCUGUUGAAAACAAUUUAUCUGAUCUUCCUGAUUAUGAACACACCCAUGAUGAGACCUUUCAGCCUCUUCUACCCCCAGACUCUCCAGGGGGGGUAGCGGAAGGUGCCUUACUCAAUGGAGAUCCAGAGGGAAAUCAGUUGACACAAAACAAGGAUUCUUCUGUGACCACAAGAAGAGCUGUUAAAAGAACAAUACCUAAAUUAGAUGCUCAAAGAUCUUGGAUGAUGGAGUGCCUUAUUUAUGAUAUUUUCCAAGUAACUGGAGACCCUUCUAAUGUUUGCAGAUUGAUUUCAGAGCGAGGACUUCCAGCUUUGUGCAAUUUGUUCGACAACGUAAAUUUCAAAGGUAAAGGUCACGAGGAAGCUGACCUGAGGACGCUUAUAAGGCACAUGGAACAUUGGGCCCACCGCCUCUUCCCUCAACUUCCCUUUGAAAACGUUGUGGAAAGAAUAGAGAGCUUGGGAAAUAAAAAACCUGUUCAGGCGUGCUUAAAGAGAAUUCGACUUGAUCUCCCUCUUUUGAACGAAGACUUCAGAAGUCACGAAGGUGAAGAAGAUGAGAACAAUAGACACAGCCCGGCCACCGAAGAACCAAUUUUCCUUCCCGAAACACAGAAUUCCCCAAAAGAAUCUGGUUCUCCCUCUUUAAGUCCUGCCCUGACCGAGGAGCAACAGCAGAGAAUCGAAAGGAACCGACGAAGAGCCCUUGAAAGAAGACAGGCUAAAAACCAGCUCAGUCAAUCUCCAAACGAUGAUUUGCCUACCAGUGAAGAAUACGGCCCCAUUACAGCUCAGGAGAAGGAUGAGGUCUGCGUAGACAAAGUUGUUGGCGUCCCUUUUCAACCUACGGAGGACAUGCAAAGUAGUACAGAUCAAGUGUCUUUUUAAUUGUGUGGAAUAGGAAUAGCAUAGUUUUGUUUUUACGGCAACUUUAGAUGUCGAGGCUGGUUAAUUUGGCAGCUGCUAUAAUUUCCAGUGUUUUCUGUUAUGCCAACGUUUUAAAGAAGUGUUUUCAUUUCAGUGAAAGAACAUUUUAAGCUUUAAACAUUUGUACAGCAAAUUUUAAUGAAAACUAUACAUAAAAGUCAAAUGAUGCUAUAUUUCUACACUUUAAAUCUUUUAUAACUUUCCCAUUGUGAAAUAUUUGUAAUUGCCCAUAUUUUAUACUGGAAAUGAAAAUAAUAAAUCUUGUAAACUA